UAUCCAUUUCUUAGAUUUUUUUCCAAGUAUGGUUUACAGGGAGUUGUCGGUGUUAUUGAUUGUACACAUAUUGCAAUAACACCACCAAAGAAAAAUGAUGAGUUAUAUCCAGAACAUAUCUACGUCAAUCGUAAAGGAUAUCAUUCAAUUAAUACUCAACUCAUAUGUGAUGUAAAUUUACGCAUUUUAAAUGUGUCAGCCAGAUGGCCAGGGUCCACUCAUGAUUCUCACAUUUGGAAUGAAAGUCAAGUGAAAACAUUUAUGACAAGCUUGCAUGAUAGAGGUUUUACUUCAUAUUUUUUGUUAGGAGACUCUGGGUAUGCUUUACGACCAUGGUUGUUAACACCGUUUUUAAAUGUCGAAGUUAAUACACCGGAAUACCGGUUCAAUGAAGUUUUUUGCCGUGCAAGGUCUACUAUUGAACGCUGUAAUGGAGUUUUAAAAAUGCGUUUUCGCUGUCUUCUCAAAGAUCGAACACUGCAUUAUUCACCGAGCAAGGCUUCAAAAAUAGUGUUGGCAUGUGUUGUUUUACACAAUUUGUGUAUUAAAGAAAACAUACCAUUAAUUGAUGACGAUGUCGAGGAUAAUGAUUUUGGAAUUUACCAGGCAGUUGACAAUGAAGAAAUGUCACAAAGUAGGCAAAAUCCGGAACUUGUGGCCGGUCUUCGUUUCCGUCAAAAUAUUGUAAACAGAUUGUUUACCAAUUAAGAUAAUUACUUAUUCUUGAGUAAUCUCGAUUCUAUGUGAGUACUAUUGUUUUGAUAUAUAUAAUAUAUAUAUUAUAUAUCUUUUCAAAAUUUAUCCCUACUCAUCUUUAUUUUAGUAACUAAUUAAUAACACAGAUUAUCUUGGUGGCCAAACUGUACUCAUCUCAUAUAAUAUAUUAUUCUGUUCAAGUUUCUUGCCGCCGCUGUACCAAAAUUGGCCACCCUGGUAUGUGAGCUAUAGCGGCCGAUACAGUUCUUCCCCUGCACUACCAAUGAUCCAUGGCUAAAUAAGUUAUUUAGCCAUGCAAUGAUCCAUCUACAUAUCAGUAUAGCCAGCAGUAUAAUUUAUUUUGUGUUAUAGCACAAUCAAUUGUUCGGUGGUUCGGUCUUCCGUAGUCCAUACUCCGUACUACUGUUACCACGCGGCUUGUCGCAUGCACCGGGCGUUCGUG